AUGGCUGGCGUUAGCUCCGAAUCGAGCCUCUGGGCGAUACGGUAUCCCAACUGGGAUACAACUAGGGAAGCCUUCGAGGAUGACAAAAACCCAGUACCGAAACCGCCAUCCGUAGCAAUCGACUGGCUUUUCCUCAGCGAGACUUUUCAAAUGAGAGCCCUUGGGGGGCUGCGUAUGCCAGAAUACUGGGCCCUGCAAGACAUCGACGCAUAUGGACCAACCUACCGCGUAUCGGACGUGACAGGUGCCAUCGAAGACGAAAGCGAUCCAUUCGUUGAUGCCGAUCCACGCGAGAAACUGUCAAACUUUAUGGAUGGUUUGACACUGUACCCGUACGUAUCUUGGGCAACCAGUGACUUUGUCGAGGUGGACGAAACGAAGUGGUUCAAGAUCUUCCGAAGGGAGAGAUGGUCGAGCUACAAGCACCCCGACCCCAACGGGCUAUCGAUCGAUAUCGACGACGACGCAACCUGGGCCAAAAUAAGCAGAGUCAUCGAGCUUGCAAAUAGAAUUCUGAAAGAAGCAGUCAGUCAUGAAUGGCUGGCAAGUUUUCUAAAGGAGGAUUCCCGUGAAGUUCGACGGGAUGUAACGGUAGAGUCAAAACAUCAGGCCACUCGGAAGGGUACCAUCGUCCGCGUCAAGCCGGUCAGCCCCGAAUCCCGUCUUAGUCCAACAGAAGCUCGAAAGGUUCUUGACGACAUCGCCGACACUUUCUUUUGGGGAUUCUAUCUUAGAGAGGAAUCGCCUUCAGCUAUUGGAUUGACAUCAAAGCUCAUUGACAAGAACGGGAGGCUGCUCAAGUGGAUGCGUGUUGGUAUCGAGUAUCUCCAGCCGAUAUUCCAAAACAUGAUGUUCCAGGACCCUGAAGGCCGCCAGGCAACGUUUCUGGUGACCAAGACUCAUGGUAUAUCUGGCCACAUGCACAGAUCGUAUCAAGAAAAGCAUCCCGAGGAACCGCUCAUGGCGACCGAAGCUUUUUGGGACGAAGAGAAGUAUGCAGAGGCGGGCAUUUCUUGGGAAAUGUCAUUCUUUGGAUUUUCCCUGAAGGACGUCUCCAGCGGUCCCCAAAGGGCUGGUCAUGCCCUCUUCGGCAUACGUGCCCCUUGGCCAGCUUUCUGCGUGUCAAGCGCCGGUCGCAUGGAUACCUACGACAAUGGGCCUCUCACGGAAGCAUUUCGGGAACAUCGGCCCGGCAUACCUGCCAUCGUCCCUUGCGCGAUGACAUCUUCUGACUUCUGGGAGACGCAUGUGCCAAAAUACGGAUACAAGGCACUGAGAUACAAGGGGGUCUGUGUUUCUGAACGGGUUUGGGAGAGCCAUUAUCAAGACGCCGCACGAACCUCGCGAGCCAAGAUUCUUGACCCCCCUUAUUCGGAAUACGGUCGCCUUGAUCAUAGUAUGAGAAUGAUUGCGCAGCGCUUGAGACUUAGACGAUUGGAGCUCCGAAGGCUGAGGCCAUGGUACAAGGAAGAAUACACCAAAUGGCAUGCUACGAUAUAUGCCGAGACUCAACUGCGAUGCAAAUUGGCCGACAUUGGGUCUUCGUCUAAAUCCCAUCACGACACACAGGAAUCCGAUAUUCGGCACCAGCUCAAGAGCGUCUUGUGGCCAUAUAACUAUAGUCUCGAUGUCGCCAAAUUCAAGAUUCGACACAAAACGACAUCGAGGUUCCUCUACCACGCCUACGCAUAUCUGUGGUUGGCAACGCUGCCCGUCAGGAAGAAGCCUACGCCAUCCAGUCGUCCGACCUCAAGGCCACUGCAUCCCGAAAGACUGAGCAUACCCAAAGCUGCUGGAGGCCAGGAGGUCAUUGACCUUGCUACUAAUCAGGGAAAAAGAACAUCAGUAGCGACGGAAACGUACCUACACAACUCCGAUAUCCCAAGCCACAACAAAGAGCUGUGCAUGGAAAACGCCAAACUGUCGUUUUUACGAUGGAAAGUUCUCGGAAAUGUGUCACCUGAGGUGGCUAAAGGUUUCGAGUAUGACCGCCGUGAUAUAAGGAGAAUGAUGGAUCAAUCCCCCUAUGACCAUGGGUGGUUAACUUACAAUUACCGAGACUUGCCCACCCACGUCACUCAAGAGACGCAUUACCCUAUCGGAGCAUCGCAGGUUCAAGGACUUCCCUCGGAGAGGAUUGACCUUGACGACGCCGAUCUUCCAUCCUGGGCUGUCGCGAGACCGGUGAUCGCUCAAGUGCCGGUCCCGUCGCGAGGCAAAUCUGCUGAGAUCACCCCGCCGCUUCGCCACUACCAUGUAGGCGAAAUUGGUGAUCAUCAACGCGUCGGUAGCGGAGUCAAGUGGUUUGUCCACAAAGCCGACGGUGAUGACAGGCAUUUAAUCUACGACCUCAGUGGGAUAAUGUCGUCGGAAUAUGGGUGGAAUGCUGCAACUCGAGAGAAACUGACAAUGAGGCCAGAUUCCUCCAGUCCUGUCUUGAAUAGAGUGCUUCGCACAGGAGACCUGAACGAGAAGGUCCGUGAAUUGUGUUUGAAAAAUGGGCCCAUUGGACAAGUGAUGCAGCUCAUGCGCACGGAAGAUAUCAGACUGGCUUACGACAGAGACCGCUUGUCAUGUGUAGCCUUGGGUAACCACGUUUUUGAUCUGACGUGUGAUCUGACAAACUUCCAACUGGCAGAACACAUGCAACCUUUACUGGUGAUUAUUAAGCAAAAACGACAGGAAAAUCCUCUCCUCAAGGCAGUCAGUUUAGGAUAUAAUCCUGAUGUUAUCGUCAACUUCCUUCGGCCUUAUCAGAUUGGGAUCAGGACGCGAGAGCUUGACAGGUACAGCGUUUACCGAUUACGCCAUUUCACAUUGAACGAAGUCAAGUGGCACGUUUACCCAGAGACAGGGAUCUACACCAUCUUCAAAGGGCAUUCGGUAAUAGAUCUUACAGACUUCAUGAAAUUUCAUCCUGGUGGUAUGGAGAUUCUGCAGAGCGUCGCCGGGAAAGACUGUACACGUGAAUUCAAGCAGUACCAUCGAGUCCCGACGGGUUUCCUUGGUGUCACUACACAUGUCUAUUUCGAAAGGCUGCAAGUUGGUAAGAUCGUCUCUGAGCAAAGCCCAGGCGUCAUAUCUCCGGAUCAAAUUGUAAUUCGAAAUCAAGUCUUCAGCCGAAAGGCGGAUCUUUCAAGGCUGUCAGGUACCGCCUUAGACGGGUUAAGGGGUCUCCUGGCAUCCGAAAAACUUGAAGAAUACUGGGGAAAGAAUGUGACGGCCCAGAUGGACACAGCAAGCCCGCCAAAAAUACUUUGCAGACUGUUUGAUACAAAAUGGCUUGUUGUCGCCAAGGUUGUCGCGCCAAUAGACACACUGCCUUUCAUGGACGAUCAAAUGUUGGCGCGCAUGGACGGCAAAGUUGAGCCCUGGGGCUUCCGUGAAUCCUACGUUUCUGACAGCAAGUACAUAUACAACUUGACUUCAUACCUCAGAUACGGAAAACCUGACGGGUACAAUGAGCUUUUGAAACCUCGUGCCGGAACAACGCUCUCCAACUCAUCACAAGACCAAGAACUGAAGCGAAGGCUGUGGUCAGACUUCCAAUAUCGAAUUAUAGCACAGCAUGGUCCGAAUCAAGAUGCCGAUUUCGAUUGGAAAAGGUCCUUCAGGCCGAUCUCCGAAGAUGUGCCUGACUUGGAAGGUGAUGAAACUUCGAAAGUCACACCUGCUAUGUCAUUUGUUCAAGCUGCUGAAAAGGGCAAUGCGAAUCGUGCUUCAGACCAGAUUGUCCAACCAAUCCAGAGCGUGGCCGGCACGAAACGCAAGCAUAAUGGGCAGCUUAAGGUACAGGAAAAGAGCAUCAAGGCUGCUACUACAAGCCAUUUUGCACUGCCAGAACAAGUAGCUGCAGGCGUGAAACGGAAGAGCUCGCCGACUCCGGUACGGCCGUACAAGAAGGUAGUCAAAGAAUCUCGUGGCUCUGCUGGUGGUCCCUCGUCUGGGAUUGAAGACUCAAGCAGAACAAGUUCAAGGGGAACAGAGAAGCCGAGGCAAGAAUGGGAGUGGAAGGACUUGUACAUGUAUCGGUGA